GUCGUCUUUGUCGUUUUUUGAAGUGUGUACAACAAAAUAAAAUCACAAAUAAGAUAGAGAGAAUUCGCGCGCGGUUCGCUAUCCUUUUCGAAUGGGAAUUUUUCGUUUUCGUUUCGAGAGUGAUUCGUUUUACUGUGCGUUUCGUUUGACCGUUCCAAGUCCGUGAAUCGCAGAGCAGCUUUGUUGUUUUCGGUUGUUUUCUGCGGUGGUUCCCAAAAUUUCGUUACUUUUGUGUGCAUUGUAAUUUCUACCGUUAAAUCGGCACGAAUCUAUUGUUGUUUUGUUCUCUGUCGUGUUUCGCGGGAUUUUAAUUUUAGAGCAUAAUUAUUUUUAGACGCUGAAAAAUUAAAUUAACAAAAACGAAAAAACGGCUAAAAUACUGUAGUAGGCCGAAGGCAGAACAUUUAUAAAUAUAACAUAUAUACACACAUACACACCUAUAUAUACCAUACAUCGCAUCGUAUGGCUGUCUACAGUCCAACGACAACGACAAAAUAACAAACGGACGAAAUUAUGUAAUUGAGUUAAAUUAAAAUUUAAUUGAAACGAAAAAUUAAGUGCUUAUGAACAACUUGUUUUUCCUUUGAUCGAACUGACAUGCAAACACAUAUUGAUAGCAGCAGAGAGUGGCAUCGUUGCUGAUGAUGCCCCGUGUGUGUGCCACAAUUCAAUUCGUUCUGUUCGAUGUGCGCCGUUUUUUAUUGCUUUCCUUUUUGAUCGAAUGCCAUCGCUGUGAGAAAAGCAACGAAAGAUGGAAAGAAUGAAUGAAAGAAAGAGAGAUCGGAGAGCGUUAUUUGAUGCCGUUACUGCUGCUGCUGCUGCUGCUGCCGCCGCUGUCGUAGUUGCCGCUGCCGCUGUUGCCGAUGUGAAAUCAACAAAACAAAUGUAGACUAUUUAUCGCGGACCGACGAGAUAUUGGGAUAAUGUGUAGAAUUUGUAUACGGAACGUUUCUCGACGAUCUCCGCGAGAAUAUAUCGGUUGUAACAAAAAAAAAAUCGCUGAAUAGACUAUUUUACUGUAGUAUGUGUUGAUUGGAAGAGGCACAGGUUAGCUCUCCCGCAUUCAGGUGUCUAGGAACCGUUGAAACGCUUUAAUGUGCCCAAUUUCGCACAACGAAAUGGUGGUGGUACGUGCUCAAUUUAUAUACGACGCAUUGUUUUGAUAAUUAAUAAGAAGAAAAAUGACGUGCGCGAUCAAAUAAAGAGAAAAAAAGUUCCGUUCACAUUUUUAAACUAAAACAUUCUUAGUCUCGAAAACGGAGCUAUGAGAGAUCAAUUGGAAGUGAAAAUAUGUGCGAUCAUUGAUGGAUUCUAUUACACAUUGCGAAAAAAAAAUUCUAUUUUGUUUUUGCAUUAAAUAUGAUCAAACGAUCAAAGGGUGGAUAAGUGCAUCAAAGUGAUCGAAAACGAAAAUGGGUUUAGUGAAUGAUCGCAAUUUUCCGACGAAGGGUUUUUGUUUGAAACGCUGAUGGUUCAAUCUUUAAAUAUAAACUACGGUGACUACUCCUUCAAUUCAUGUAGGAAUUUUGAAGCAAAUAUAGCAUCAUUCGAAUUCCAACGAAAUUUCUGUGUAAUAAAGUCGAAAUAAAUAAAUGUCACGUCGAUUGUGGUGUGCAACUAAUAUGUGAGCGGCAAUUGGCUUUUCAAGUUAAAGCGAAGCAUAUCGAAAAAUCGACCAUAGAAAAAAAGUCAAAAAGAGAAAGGAAACACAACACAAAAUCGAAACCGCCCAAAACAAAUGUAAUAUUUAUUUUUAUAAUAUUCGAUCUAGAUUUGUACGGUGUGUGCGUGCGAAAAGAAAAAAAAAAUUGAGCCAACGAGAGUGGAGAGCGUUUUCGCGUUCGAACAUCACAUCAUCAUCAUCAGCAUAAAGGAAUCUCCUACUUCUGAAUAAAUGUAUUUAACCGAUAUAUUACACACGGUUGAUCGAUCUGUAUUGCUAGAUUGUAUAUACAAACUUAAACAAGACGACCUUCUCCUUUGGACAAACCGAGCAAACAUUUUUCCUGAACUAUAGACUAAGGCCAUCUCACAUCAUUAUAAUCCAAAAAAAAAAAACCAGCAAAACAAUCAACAUAUACCACACACACAUAAUUUACCUGAAUAUAUUGAGCGAACCAAACCAAACCAAAAUCAAAUCAAACAAUCACUAAAAGUUUCGAAUGAAAUAAAUUCCAAAAUAAACAAACAAAUCAAAAACCCAUGACAUCAAAGUGUUUCCCUGUGAGGUGAAUUGGAAGAGCACGUAAUAAAACCGUAACACACAUACACACACACAAUGGCAGACAAAAAAUCCUAUCGAACCAUUCAAUUUAAAAAACGAACUAAACGACAACAAUUGAUCACACCCGCAGCCUCACUGCAAUCGCUAUUCUCCGGUUCGAAUGCGUCAAUAAAUGCUACUACUGCUACUGGUGUUACGGAUAGCUCUGCUGCAGCAGCAGCAACAUCAUCAACGACAGCCAACGACGCCACCACUUCCAAUCAAGGCUUCAUUUCAAUUUCCGGCUCCAAUUGGAAUCGAUUGUCCAAAAAGAACAAAAUUGGCAAGAAAAUCGAUAAGGAUAAACCACCACGCGAACGAUGGCUACUGACGCGCAAAACAUGGAAGUACAUGGCCGAUGCGGGACGUAAAUUGAUUCCAGAUUACAUAAAAGGAAACUCUAGUGAUCCGCGAGAUUUGAAGCAGAUUGAGGAAUAUUUUCAACAUGUGUGCAACAAUGAACCGAAAUUUUUGCCAAUAUUUCGACGAAAGCAAUCCUUUCCCGGUGCAUUGGGCGUCACACCAUUCCGGCGAAGUGGAAAACUGCGACACACACACAAAUGGUUUGGCCGGAGUACGAAUCAUUUGGCACCAAUUUCCGACAAUAAAUCAAGUGGUUCGUCAAAUAUAUCGUCACCACCGACGAAAUUCAAUUCGGCCGAUGAGUCGGAAGAUGAAGGUCUUUCAGCGAAUGACAGCCAACGAAUGUUUUUGAUCAUUGAAAUGCUUGAAAAAUAUCUGAAGCUUUCGAGUGAUGCUGAACCAUUGAUCGAAGCAGCAGCCGAAGCCGGUGGUGGUAGUGGUAGUGCAAAUUUACCAAAAGAGAAUAGCUCAUCGCCAAAUGAGCUAAAUGAAUACGAUUCGAGUGCUUUUAAUUCGCCGGACAAUUUAUCGCCGCCACCUCACGGCGUCAAUACGGGUCAAUCAAUUGAUGCCGAAUAUCAAAAGUCAGUCGACGGAAAAAAAUAUUCGUUCGGCUGGAACGAGAGAAAUUCAUCAAAAUCAUCGCAUCAAACGCCAUUUGUUUGCUCUGAAUCCUCAUCGUAUCCUUCAUCACAACAGAAUCGCCGGCCUGUAGGCGGCCAACACACAUCAUUGUUGUUGGAAAAUUUACGAAAUUAUAGCCGAUCGACGCGGAGCUCGUUAUUGAGCACAAUGAAUUUCACUCCAGCUGUGCUGGACGAUAAACAACUGCUGCGGCGCAUACGUGAUGAAUUAAAGCAACAACAAUUGGAUAUUAUAUUGAAACGGCAUAGUCGACGACCGAUGGCAUCAGGUCCGGAUUCGGUUCCGCUGCGGUUGUCAACAUCACUUUUCACAUUGCCAACGCUAAAAUCCGUUCCACCGCGAACUAGUUCUGAUCACAAGGAUGGCAUCACCGGUAUUCCAUCGGCCCUGGAUGAAUUUAACGAUGCUGAUACGGCCAAUACAUGUUCACGUGUUCCAUUGAUAUCAAUCAAAUAUGCAUCGCAGGACAAACCGUUACAUUCGGCCACCGAACAAACGCAAACCGAUCCAAUUCCAGUGAACAAUAUUUAUCAGCAAUAUCAUGAGUUUUUGAAGCGACAGGAAAAGGAGCGUGUAGAACGAGAGCAAAUGACACAAAAGCAAAAUCUUCUUAGCAAAUCGAUGAGUACCGGAUGCAAAUCUGGUCUCGGUGAUUUAAAUACGAAACAUUCCAAACGCAAAAGCAGUAUUGAUAAUGAGGAUGUGUCACAAUCGGUGAGCGAUACAAUCAAACGUUAUUUGCGAAUGGCACGAAAAAAACCAGCCAACGAUCAAAAUGCAAAUCAAUUUAAGCGCAUCAAUUACGAUACAAAUUUGCGAAAUAUCACAUCGAAAGCGGAAAUUCCCCGGCCCGAUGAUCUCGACGUUGGCAACACCAAACACACGCAAACCAAUGACAAUUGGAUCGAAAUCGUUAUCCAAGAGAUCAAAGCACACAUGUCAGCUGACGAAUAUAAACAAUUACCGUUGAGUGAUUGUCCAGAGGACUACCAGCAAAGCACGUUAACCGAUCAUCGAAAGCCAACAUCCUCAUCAAUGCCAACCUCACCGACCGGAUUCUUCCACACAACAGGUAGCUGGACCAAAGACUCUCUUUUCGGUCACAAAAAGGAAGACCCAAGCAUAUUAAAUAUGCAGAAAUCCAAAUCGUCAACCAAUGUUGGACAGGUAUUUUCCAAGAAAAUCUGGAAAUCACGAUCGAAAAGCCAAACACGACCAGAUUCACCAGCACAGCCGCAUUGGACGCCACAAGGAAAUUGCAUUUGGAAAUCUUCAACUGGCAAAUAUUUACACUUGAAAAAGACUCAUUUGCACGAACUAAGCGAUGUCGAGCGGAAAAGUUUACAGCGCAUUGCAUUGGAUCGAAUAAAUCAAUUGAAUAUUGGUGUGCCGGUUAAAUUGCCAUCAGAAACAGCGACGACAGACGGUUUACAGCAAAAAAGUCAGAAGCGUCGAGCGCCACUUCUACUAAAGCGAAAGGCUUUGACCACAAGCUUUUUCGAUUCGAGUAAAAUCAAAAGUGAUGGCCGUAAAGGAAGUACAAACAAUGCAACUGGUGGUUUGAUAUUUGGUCAACCGCUGGAAAAGUGCUUGAGCAAUGACAAUGCGUUUGGGGCGUCGAGUAAACAGAAAGGUAGCGAUGAUAGUGGCGGGGGACAUAAACUAAGCCGAAAAUCACGCUGUUCCAUCACAUCAUUAGACGCACAGCUACCGGGUAGUGCAAUAUCCAGUGAUGGAAACUAUAGCGGAUCCUGUGACAGUUUGUUCUCGAAACACGAUACACGUUUCACGGCUUCGAACAGUGGUGAUAGUUUAAGUGAUGCCGGUGGCUUUGGAAAUAGCCUGGAAGAUGAUGAUGCCAGUUCAAAAUUUUCAAAUGGAAGCGUACGACAAACACAACCGCAAGUUCCACCAUUAAUUAUAGCUUGUAUCGAUCACCUCACAAAUUAUGGUCUGCAUGUUGUUGGCAUAUUUCGAGUGAGCACAUCAAAGCGACGAAUAAGAGAGUUACGCGAAGAACUUGACUGUGGUUCAUUGAAAACAUUCGAUUCAGAGACGAGUCCACAUGAUGUGGCUUCAUUGCUGAAAGAAUAUUUAAGAGAUCUACCCGAACCAUUACUCUGUCGAUCACUUUAUCAAGGUUUUCUAUCCACACAAAAAAUUCGAAAUCGUCGCCUGCAGUUAGAAGCUCUUUCACAUUUAAUACAAUUAUUACCAAUAGCUCAUCGUGAUACUUUGUAUGUGUUGUUAAAAUUUCUAGCGCUAGUCGCCCGCUGUUCGGACGAUGUCAUGAAUUUGGCAACAAAUACAUGCAUAUCAGUAGGAAAUAAAAUGGACAGUACGAAUUUGGCAACAGUCAUUGCACCAAACAUAUUGCAUUCAAACACCGAUGCAAAUAGUGCGGUCGCAACGGAUGAACAGGCCGAAGAGCGUCUUGAUGUGAUUAAUGUUGUGCGAACGAUGAUCGAUCAUUACGAAGAGCUGUUUACCGUGCCACCAGAUGUGAUGGACGACGUAUAUACCGUUAUGAUGGACUCACACCCUGAACAAUUGGACUAUAUAUUCGAUCGAAAGGAUAGCUAUGAGGCGAACAACAGUCGAAAAGAUGAAUCCACGUCUAGCCCGAAGAAAUCGCCUGGUCCACAAGUGCAUGCGCAUUUCUUUCCACAACACAGUCAAGAACGAUUCGAUCCAAGUGAGGAUACAUCAUCGCCCAGCGCGACGGCACACACCGAGGAAAGUGAUCAACCGCGACGGAUGUAUGUUCGCGAACAAUUUACACAUGAGAAUACCAGCACCGUGCGGGGAAAUGUAGCCGAACCAAGUGAUAGCAUCAUUAGGCGACGAGAGCGGAGCUCCCGAACGAAAAGUCUGAUUCCGGACCAGGAAAGUGUAUUUUCGCGACGAAGACGACGCGUGCCGAGCUCAUCGUCAAACACAUCGUCGCCGUUAACCGAUGAUGCCAUUCGAUAUAAUUUGAAUAUAUCACCACCGACGACGCCGACUAGCAAAUCCAAUUCAAAUGAAGUAUUAUUAGCCACGUUGAAACUGCCUGUUCAAAUGGUCCACACGCAAUCGGCGAUUCAUGCAGAUGUCGUAUCGACUGACGCUCCAUUGAGUCUCAACUCCGAUUUAUCGGAUAUUCCGUACAUCGAAGACGCCGAAACAAAUAACGGCUAUCGAAGCACAACGAAUGUUACACCGCAGCCAUCACCAACAAAAAUCACUUCCACAACCACAACACUUGGAUCGAUUACGAAAAAGAGUGGAUUCCCGUUAACUAAGCUGAAAUCACAGUUCAAACCCGCACAGCUCACGCUGACCACCGUUCCAAUUGAUCAGGGAACAAAAGAUGUCGAUAAGGGAAACAGUGUUUUGGGUUCGGGGAAACAAUCCGGAAUCAAUUCAGUUGAACCCAGCCCACAUAAUGUUCCGGUGAUGACAGCAAUUACAAACAUUGGCGGCGAUAUGAUGCGAUCAAAAACAGCUGAAUUUGAACGAAUGAUGAGUAAUCAGCAACAACAGCAGAAUAAAUCAAUCUUAAAAAGUCGUUCACAAACAAUGCAGUCACACGGUAGUUCUGGCGCACGUAGUAGCACAGAAUCAAAAAAUACGUCGCUAAAAACGUCUGAUUCAUCAUCGAAUGUACGCAAUGGGCCAAUUUAUAAGCGACGCGACGUUAUCUCAAGUGCUUUGAAUUUGAAAAAGUAACCACCACAGCAACAACAAUGUACUCAAUAUGACGUCAUGAAUAACAUACAGCAUACAAACACACGGAGUCACAUCAGAAUAGAACAGCAGCCACAACAACAAACAUUCACAAACCCGAAGUGGAAAAAAAACUAUUUUCGAAAUUAAAUCAAACCGCACCUCCUUUUCGUCUAGGUUUAGAUAGUUAUAUUAUGAAAUUUCUUUUUUUUUUCAAUGAUAUUUAUUGUUGCGAAAUUGAAGUGAAACAGAAAAAAAAACGUUGUUAUCUUGAGAGUGUGUCUCGCUCACCCAAUUUUUUUCUCUCUUUUUUCAUUAUCUCUAUCACUCUCUCGCUGUAUCUUCAUACCUAUAGUUAGUUAUCUUCAGAGCAUUCAAUCCGCUGGCUAUGUAGCGCUGCCGUUGAACAGCUGCUGUCAACAGCGGCUGUUGAUUACGUACUUGUGCAUGCGACACACUGUAAGUGCCACGCCAACCAAUACAUGCAGACGGAGCUAUGUGUGUACUACGUUCGUGCAUGUUCAUGCCUGUUAGAGAGGGUGCGCGGGGCCCACAGUGUUUCGCAUGCACAAGAACGUAACCAACAGCCGCCGUUGACAGCAGCUGUUCAAAAGCAGCACUACAUAGCCAGCAGUUUCAAUGCUCUGGUUAUUUUCAAAUUCGAAAUGGCGAAUGCACUUUCACAUUGUUGGCAUUGGUCGAGUCUAGUAAAAGAUGAAUUAAAAUGUACGCUGCAAUUUUUUCUAUCUAUAUCUCUCUGUUUUUCCCCACUUUAUCUAUUUCUAUCAAUCUUUUUUUUUUACUUGACGAACACACACACAAAAAAAAUGUUACUUUUUAUGACGAAGAAUCAAAGUUAUUUAUAGUCUAAUUUAUACAUUUUUAUUUGAUUAGGUUGAUCAAAGGUUUUAUGUUUAUAUUUCUGAAAAAAAAAAAUCGAAUUAUCGCCAAAUAUUUCCGAUGUAAAUAAAAUAUUCUUUCUUCUUUUAUUUUUUCUUGUAAGUUGUAAUAAUCAAUGGGAUUUUAUAUGUAUCGGAAAUUUUAACACUAAAAUUAUAAGCAAAAGAUCUAUUUUUAAUUUUUUGAUUCGCAAUUCAAACAAGCUGUGUAAAUAAAAUGUUUAUUAUGGAACAAAAAAUGUAAUAAUGUCAAAAAAAAAUAAAAAAAAAAUAAAUAAAUUAUCGUUAUGAACAAAA